AAGCCUCCUUCUUUGUCCCUCUCUUCUCAAAAAACAAGUACCUAUAACCUAUCACUCUUCUUUUCCUUUCUCCAUUCUUGCAAUCUUCUACACUUCAUACAAACUACUCCUAAACUAAACUACAUUCUCUUCAUUCAUUCAAUUGCUUUCAAUUCAACCACAAACACACACAACUACACAAGCUAGUGUUACACAAACGGCUUAUUUAAAGUUCUUGUUUUUUCCACCCCAAAUAAAUAAAUAAAAACAAAAAGAAAUCACCUUUUCCACUUGCCAACCAAAACCACAGUUCGAUGCAUUUCACUUUUUGCAGAAACCACCACUACUCUCUCUCUCUCUCUCUCUCUCACUCUUCUGAUCUAAACAUGUAGCACACAAACACAAACAAAACAAAAACCACCUUAACAAAAAAACUAUUCUGUGUCGUGUUUUCUUUGAAAAGCAAUAAUGGGUUGUUGUUACUCAAGAGUAGAGAGGGAAGAAACGGUGUCGCAUUGCAAAUCAAGGAAACGUUACAUGAAACAGUUGGUUGAAGCAAGACACGCUUUUUCAGCUGCACAUGUUAUGUACAUUCGAUCUCUUCGUUCAACUGGUUCAGCUUUGUUUCACUUUGCAAACGCUGAAAAAACCACUCAUCUUAACCACCAUCUUCCUCCUGAGCCUCAGCCCAUUCUUCCGCCGCCUCCGCCGCGGGCUCCGUCGCCAAUGCCGCCGCCUCCUCCACCGCCGAUGAGUCCGAGUAUCAGUUCUUACACAUGGACUUCCGGGACGGCUUCCCCGGCUCUUCCACCGCCACCGCCUCCACCACCACCGCCGCCGCCGGUGAUUUCUUCCGGUUGGGAUUUCUGGGAUCCUUUCAUGCAGCAACCGCCGCCGCCUCCUUCGUCGAGGUCAGCGACGGAGGAAGAGUGGGAAGCCACUACUACUACUGGUUCUGAGGUGGUGGUGAUGGCCGGUGGUGCGGCGGCGAGUAUGGCGACUCCGGCGUCUGGUGUAGUGGGGUAUUCUAAAGAGACACCAAGUGAGCUUGCAAUGGUGGUUUCAAGGAACAGUAAAGAUCUUGUUGAAGUUAUCAAAGAGCUUGAUGAUUACUUUCUUAAAGCUGCUGAUGCUGGUUCUCAUGUUUCAUUUCUGUUACAAGUUCCAAGUUCUGGUUUUUCUGUUCAUAGUAAAGCAAGUAAAAUGUACGGAAAUGGAUGGAGUUUGAGUCCAACAAUGUGGAAUUGGGGUUCAAGUCCUAAACUGAAUGGAUUUGGUAAGAUGGCUCAUGAAACUCAUGUUUCUGUUGGUAACUUUGGGGCUAAUAAUGGUGUUGGAAAUGGUGGACAUUGUUCUACUGUGGAGAGGUUAUAUGCAUGGGAGAAGAAAUUGUACCAAGAGGUCAAGAAUGCUAAAACAAUAAAGAUGGAGCAUGAGAACAAGGCGGCAAUGGUAAGGAAGCUAGAGAUGAGAAGGAGUGACUAUGUAAAAACAGAAAAGGCAAAGAAAGAAGUGGAGAAAUUAGAAUCACAAAUGAUGGUUGCUUCACAAGCCAUCGAAAGUACAUCUGCUGAAAUCGUCAAAUUAAGGGAGACAGAACUCUACCCUCAACUCAUUGAGCUUGUCAAAGGGUUGAUGUGCAUGUGGAGAAGCAUGUAUGAGUGUCAUCAAGUCCAGGAGCACAUAGUUCAGCAACUGGAAUACCUCAAUACCAUUCCAUCAAAUAACCCUACAUCUGAAAUUCAUAGACAAUCAACACUUCAGCUGGAACUUGAAGUACAGCAAUGGUACCAAUCCUUUUGCAACCUCUUCAAGGCCCACCGUGACUACAUCGAAUCCCUCACAGGUUGGCUAAGGCUCAGCCUUUACCAGUUUAGCCGAAACCCUCUUAGCAGAACCACCGAAGAGUCAAAGAUAUACACUCUCUGUGAAGAAUGGCACCUUGCUGUCGGUCGUAUACCUGACAAUGUAGCAUCUGAAGGAAUAAAAAACUUGUUGACAGUUAUUCACGGCAUUGUAGUUCAACAAACAGAGGAGCAUAAACAAAAGAAGAAGUCAGAUUCUGCAUUCAAAGAGUUUGAGAAGAAAGUGGUUCAGCUUAGAUCCUUGGAGUGCAAGUACAGUCCGUACUCCAUGACAGAAUCAUCUGGUUCUUCCAUCAGAAGAACAAAGGACCCUGUUGUGGAGAAGCGAGCUAAGGUGGAAGCUUUGAGAGCAAAGGCUGAAGAGGAGAAGACCAAGCAUGAAAAGGCGGUGAGUGUUACAAGGGCAAUGACCCUGAAUAACUUGCAAAUGGGUUGUCCUCAUGUUUUUCAAGGGAUUGUAGGGUUUUCAAGUGUGUGCAUGGAAGUUUUUGAGUCUGUAUACAACAAAGCCAAAGCUGCCGAACAGGAGCAUGACGUGAAGAGAAUAUUACCUUAGGAGAAUUGACAUGGAUCUGUAUAGAUGAUCAAUCACCCUUUUGGCUAUGAUCUGUAGAUUGUAUUUAUUUAUUUACACCUAGUCAUAUCAUGAAUCACCGUGAUACUCCUCCCAUGCAGACCGACUGCAAUGGAGACGAGUGGAAGAGUGAAAUCGAAUUUUCUUUUUGAUUCUCAGUCAAGUUUGGUAUAAAAUCUUCAUUUGAGUCAUUCUACA